AUGGCAAACAACAUUGUCCAAAAUGUAAAUAAAUGGGAAAGAGAAAUAGCACCAUCCCAUUACAUGCUGCGUGUUGAUUCAUUCUCCAAACUUACUACAAUGCUUUUGAAAGGCGGACUACACUAUUUCAAGUCCAAAUCUUUUGAUGCUAGUGGCUAUAAAUGGAAUUUCUUAGUCUAUCCUAGUGGUGAUCUAAAGACUAAUAGUAUGGGACACAUCUCAGUGUUGGUGUGUAUUGAAGAUACAACUUCAUUGCCCAAGAGUUGGGCGAAAUAUGCUGAUUUGAAGUUUUUUAUAUAUGAUCAAGUGCGCCAGAAAUACUCCAUCUUUCAAGUUGGAGGAGCAAGCAACUUACCUGACUUCCAUAGUCUGAAAACGGAAUUGGGUAUCUCCAAUUUGGUUUCUCGUGCUGUGUUUGAUGAUGCUGCCAAUGGAUAUCUUGUCGAUGACAAAUGUGUUUUUGGUGUUGAAGUUUUUUUGCUUGAUUCUAAGUUUGCAGAAGAACGUUUCAACAUGUUUGUGGAGGUUGAUAAGACUUUUACUUGGAAAAUAUCCAACUACAGCAAAUUGGGUAGUGAAGUUCAUAAUUCUUAUGAAUUUCCUGCGGCCUCCUUCAAAUGGCUGUUAUCACUUUAUCCUUUAGGAAAUGGAAAAUCCCGUGGGAAACAUCUCUCACUAUUUCUGAAGCUGCUUGUUGAUGAAAAAAUUACUUGCCCUAAAUUGCUUGUACAUUUCAUAUUACGUGUUAGAAAUCAAAAGUCUGAGAAACAUCGAGAGUAUCCAUGUUGUUAUUCCUUUGUUCCUGGUUCUUCAGAAAGUUGGGGUUGGCCAACAUUUAUGCGGCUGAAUGAAUUACGAAAUUUAUCUAAUGGUUUCAUGGUUGAUGAUUGCAUUAUCAUUGAAGCAUAUUUAGUCAGCUGGGUAAGAGACAUAGCACCCUCACAUUAUGUACUGAGGAUUGAAUCAUUCUCCAAUCUUACCAAUAUGCUGUCCGGAGGGGAAACCCAAUAUUUCCAGUCCAAAGUGUUUGAAGCUAGUGGUUAUAAAUGGAUAUUCUAUCAGGGCCGUCCCAUUAAAAAUAUGAACACUGUCUAA